GCUUCCGUACUUUUUACUUCCUGGUUUAGGUGAGCAGGCGUAUUUGCAGUUAAGAUUUGUCAGAAAAAGGAGUAAUGGAAAGUUGUCAGCCAGCACCAGCUUUUGAUCCCAAAGAAGAGUCUUCUGUCAUUCCUGACACAACUGAUGAACCAAGUCCGCAUACAUUACAGACGGAAGUAACAGCAAAUCAGGAACAAGAAACGCUUUUUCAGGGGGAUAAUAUCGAUCUUGGUGGAGACUCAUUUGGUUCAAAAGAUAAUGAAGAUAUAUCUGAAGACUCACCCCUUUCAUUUAUGGAUAGAUUGAAUGACCAGAUGAUGGAGAGUGUCAUAAUUUCAGAUUCUCCUAACAAUAGUGAAGAUGAUGCCGGUGAGCUUGGAUGCCUCCAGGAUAUCGUAAGUAAGUCCGAAGAUGAAGAAGAACAUAAAGCAGAAGUGUCCCUUCCUAGACAAGAGCAGAGUGUUGUUGAUGCUGAUGAAACUGAAGGUGUGCAGGUAUCUAGAGAUGCAUCAGAGUCAUCCAGUAUUGAGCAGUCCUCUCAAGAAGGACAACAGAAUGGAAAACUAGAGCCACAGGUAUCUCUUGAACCUGCUAUUAAAGUGACUGUGGAGAACUAUGAUGAAAGCAUGUGUAAAAAUCAAACUAGUUCCAAACCUCCUUUAAAGGGUGAUCCUAUUCCAGUGUGCACUAUUUUUAGUCAAGGUAACCAUCCAAAGUCUCCAGUUAACAGUCUUCCAGCUGACUAUGAGCCACAGAUUGUGAAGUCACCAAGUUUUGGUGGUGGACUUGAGACUCCUAACAAGGCUGACAGUCUUAAUAAUAUUGUCCAGCCAAGUCCUAGUCUAAUUAAGUUUUUUAGGGAUGGAGGUUCUUCUUCUAACUCGUCAGCUUCUGAUUUUUUUGACUCCUUCACGUCUUCCUUCAUUUCUGUUAGCAAUCCUAAUGCUGGUUCUCCAGUGCAAGAACAGUUAUCACCCCAGAGUACUCAAGCACAAACAAGUUCUCAUGACACUGCAGCUCCUUUGUUUUUUUUGGGAGACAAUCCAUCUGACAAAUCAUCAGCUACAGCAUCAUCUGUGAAUAUCCCUCAGUCACCUAAACCAUUUUCUCAAAUCCAGGCAGCAUUUGCUGGCAGUGAUGAUCCCUUUGCCACAGCACUGAACAUGAGUGAGGUUGACAGGAGGUAUGAUGCUUGGCUUCCAUCUGAAGAAACUAUGAAGAUUUUGAUUUCAAUUGCUACCCAGCAGUACAGUACUGUGUUUGUUGACAAGGAGAAGCUUACUAUGCCUGGUUUAAAGUUUGACAACAUCCAAGGGGAUGCAGUAAAAGAAGUAAUGGUACGAUUCCUAGGUGAACCAGCUGCAACAACACGAAAAGUUUUAACUGCAGAUAUGGUGGAACAGUCAUUUGUGGGAUUAAAACAGCUAAUUAGUAGUAAGAACUGGAGAGCAGCACUUGACCUGACGGGUAGGCUUCUAACUGCUCAUGGUCAAGGGUAUGGGAAGAGUGGUCAGCCUACUAGUCAUGUUACUGAUUCGCUGCAGGUAAGCACUUUUAUAAAACUGAAAAUUCUGGUCAAGUGUGGCUUACAUUUUUACACAGCAGUUCUUAGUGUCCAGAUGUUUGGAGACAGUGGGCAACCUUGUUUAUAUUUUGAAUAUCAAGAUCAUGUAGCCCCUGGUAGGAAGGGGUCCAUGAUUCCUUUUUCCAUGCGUGUUUUGCAUGCUGAACUUCCGCAGUAUCUGAUGAAAGCUCAAGACUCUCUGGAUAGGCUGCACAACAUGAAGGCGAUCUGUUUAAAGAUACUAGAGAACUUGGAGAAUGGAUUAGCUGAAGAUGGAAGCAUGAUUAACAUUACCUCAGAAAAUAGGCAAGCCUCCAUUGAGCUGUGGAGGUCACGUCUGGGCCGGGUGAUAUACUCCGUGGCAAACUGUCUGCUGAUGAUGAAGGAGUAUGUGCUUGCUGUGGAUAUGUACCGCUCAAUCAUCCAGUAUCAGCCGGAACAAGAACCUCAGCUUCUGAGUGGAAUUGGAAGGAUUUUCCUUCAGAUUGGUGACACUAAAACAGCAGAGAAAUACUUCCAAGAUGUGGUUAAAGUCUGCCAGAAGACAGAAAAUGGGCAGCAGAAUAAAAUAAUGAUUCUGAUGAACAGAGCAUUUUUACAUCUGGGCCAAAAUAAUUUUACAGAGGCUCACAAGUUGUUUUCGGAAGUACUGAAGAUAGAGCCUUCAAAUGCAGUGGCUAACAACAAUGCUGCAGUGUGCUUGCUAUACCUGGGCAAAUUAAAAGAGUCCCUUAAGCAAUUAGAAGGACUUGUUCAGCAGGAACCUAAGCGCUAUUUACAUGAAAGCGUGCUUUUUAAUCUGACAACAAUGUAUGAACUGGAGUCAUCACGUAGCAUGCAGAAGAAACAGGCACUCCUAGAAGCUGUAGCAUGCACAGAAGGCGACAGUUUUAAUGUUCAGUGUCUUAAACUGGGGUGAAAUGAUGGGUUGUUGUUUCUUAAAUAUUUAAGUGUAAAAAAUGUAAAGAUUUUAAUAAUUAAAGUGGUUUCCAUUAAUGUA